UUCUUUUGCGGAGUGCAGAAGGGUGUCCUGUCAACAGCCGCGAGACAGAGGGGAAAGGGAGAGGAGGAGGAAGGGGUUCGAUUACAAACGGUUGUCUCCUCUUGUUUUCUAUCUCUUUUAGUCUUCUCUCCAUUUUUCGUAUUGCUUUUUACUUCUAGAUUGAUAAUAUUCUCCGUUUCCUUCAUCAUCUUAGUCUUCCUUCCCCACCCACUUCCGCUCUGCAGUCCAACAAACGCAUCAAUUCUCGUUUAAUAUGCUCAAGUAAUCAGAUUUAUUAUCACACUGAAAAUGGAUCAAGAGUUAGCUGAUAAUGAAAAUUUGCUCACUCGUAUCCAAUCUUUGGAACAUGAGCGUGAUGAGUUAAGAAAAGAUAUCGAACAAUUAUGCAUGCAGCAAUCUGGACCUGGUUACCUUUCUGUGGCCACUCGAAUGCAUUUUCAGAGGACAGCUGGGCUGGAACAGGAGAUUGAGAACCUGAAAAAGAAGUUUGCUGCUUGUACCAGAGAGAAUCACAAUCUUCAAGAGGAACUCACAGAAGCCUACAGAAUAAAAAGUCAGCUGGCAGAUCUGCACAGUUCAGAGGUUGCAAAGAAUUUGGAAUCAGAGAAGCAGCUUAAGUUUUUCCAAGGUUGUGUUGCUACUGCUUUUGCUGAACGGGAUCAUUCCAUUAUGGAGGCUGAGAAUGCGAAGGAGAAAGAAGAGUCAAUGUCGCAAAAGCUUAAAGAGGUCCAAAAUAGAUUAGAAGAGUUGUCUUCUGAUUGUCUUAAUUUGAGGGAAACUAAUGAUACACUAUGCAUUAACCUAGCCAGGCAAGAAGAGUGGAAUGAGGUUUCAAAACAGGUAAUCAAUAAGUUUUACGAGAUCAGACAGAAUUCUCUCGAAGAAUUUAUGGAUACUAGCUGGGACGAAAAAUGUCAGUGUCUUUUACACGAUCCUCUAGAAAUGUGGAGUUUCAAUGAUUCAUCAACCUCUAGAUAUAUAAAUUCUUUGGAAGAAGGACUGGAGACAAUGAAGAAAACAGUGGAUGAUCUUCAAAAUAAGCUACGGAUGGGUGUGGAAAUUGAAAAGCAUUUAAAGUUGAAGGUGAAAGAUUUGGAGUUGAAGCUGAUUCGCAUGGCUGAUACGAUCAAGAGCAAGAUAUCAGGGUUUCAUCAAUACUAUUCUCACCACCGAGAUCAUAUAUUGAAUUUAUUGGACAAAGAGAAAUCUAAUAUGAAUUCAACAAUAGGAGAGAUUGAAGAAAAGAUUAUGCAAUAUAGCUGGGGAGUUCAGAAUUUGAAAGAUUCUGAGAAAGAGCUGAAAACUGAAAAUGAUUCCGAGGAUGGCCAUUUGAUUACCAAUGCCAAGAUGAAAAUUCCUGAGUUACCAGAUCCCAUUGCUGAUGAAAAUGUUGAGGCCUCUGAAGCUCUUGCUUUGGCACUGCAAGAAAAGGUUUCAGCUCUGUUACUUCUUUCACAACAGGAAGAGAGGCAUCUUCUGGAGAGAAAUGUCAAUGCAGCUCUUCAAAGAAAAACAGAGGAGCUUCAGAGAAACUUACUACAGGUUACCCAUGAAAAAGUUAAAGCACUAAUGGAGCUGGCACAAGUAAAGCAAGAACUUCAACUACUUAAAGAGGAAAGUGUUGAUUUGAAACGAGGAGCCGGGACUGUGGAAAGGAAACUUGUUAGUCACGAGAGAGAGGGGAAACUAAAAGGCUUGCUGAAGGCUACAUAUCUGAGACAUUGGGUCGGUACGCCAGAAAUCAGUGGGAGUGAAGCUGCGGUUUACGUGGAUAACGAAGAAAAUUACUCUUCUCGAAAGUCUGCUGUGGAUUUUGCCAGAAUGAAAAUUGAAAAUGCUACUCUUAGAGAAAGUAUUGAAAGCAUGGAGCAACUGACCACUUCAAUUCACAGGCUUCGUCUCUCUAUUCUGAAGGCCAAAGAGUCUGGUACUUCUGAAGGUCCAACUUCAAGCGUUUUGGGAGCUCUAAAGGGCAUAAUCAAUGAGGCAAAACUCAUAAAAACUGCACUUAGCAGCUCUUUACCCAUCAGUUGGUCAGCUGAGGUAAAUAUUGAGUCCAGUGGGGAAACUUUACAUGAUUCAAAUGAUGUUUUAGGAGGAGAGUCUAGGCUGGUAAAGAUAGAUUUCGUUUCUGCUGCCGGUUUUGAGAUGGUUGAGCUCCUUGUUUCUGUGGCUGAGUUGUUACUAAAGGAUUACAACAUGGCUGAAAGUGGUUCUUGAAUAUAAUGAUGGCUGGAUCAUUUGAUGAUGAAGCAAAGUGGUGUGUGCAUUACUGUGUAGGUGUUUCUUUAGAAUAUAUAUACAAACUGUAAAUGCUGAAUGUAUCCUUUAGUCUAUUGGCUCUGAUGGAAUUGUGUUCUUCCUAAUCAUUUGUACAUUUGAUUAGUUAAACGAAGUUACCUUUGUCAA